GUUUAUAUUUAGAUGUUUUUUGAAUGUUGUACCCGCCAAAUGUGUUGUGGUUCCUUUUAAGUUACCUGUCUUAAGUUGUAAUUUUACAGAGAAUUAUUUAUCUGUAGGAAAUUUUAUUCUCUCACAUUAUGAGUGACAAAGAAGAUGAUUUAGGAGAUAAAUCUCGACGAUCACGUAAGAGAGGUUUUGGUGGGGUAUCAGAAAAUAAUAAAACUCGACUGCAAGAUAAAACAUUGAAUUUGUCUGAAGACGAAUCAUCAGAUGAAGAGAUACAGGUCAAUAUAAAACCUUCAAUAAUAUAUGAUGAACCGUCAUUGAAAAUACCAUGUAGUAACCCUACAGUUUCUGAUGUUGAAACCUCUUAUGAUUUUAGUAAGAUAAUAAAGUCACAAGUAGAACUAGUUGAAGCGAGAGAUAGGUUCAACACUUCUGUUGCUAGACUAGAAAGUGAGCUCGAUAUAACUCCUGAUGAAAAAUUGCCUACAAUCGCUGAUAAAUGUUCUGUAGAAGAGCUAUUACGACUAGGGGAGAGAGACAAAGCUCAUGUCAAUAGUGUUAAACCUUGCAGCAGCAGUAGCAGCAGUGUUAGUCAAGAUUUUGGAUUACAAUCUGUUGAGAUUACACUUCCUGGCGAUUUUCAAGAUAAAGAAACACGGCGUCAAAGAAAUAAAGAAUUAGCUUUGACAAAACACCUAAAUCAAGUGAGAAAUGAACGUCAAAAAGUCAUGCACAAAGUUCAUUUACUUUGUUUAAUUGCUCAUGGUGAUUUCAUUAGUAGUGUUAUCAACAGUGAUUUCCUAUAUGGUUGUGCACUCUCAUUUUUACCAAAAGAAUAUACUCCUCCACCCCUAGUCACAGUGUCAUAUAUUUUGAAAUUAUUGAAGUGGUUUGGCAGCCAAUUUCCCCAUAAGAAACAUAAGAAGACUGGAGCAUUUAGUGUUGAAAGAUUGGAAGAGAUUUUUUCCACGUUUAAGCCUUGCUCUGUUAGGGAUUCUGUGAUAUUGUUCGUGUCAUUAUUAAGAGGUUUGAGUUUAACAGCAAGAAUCGUUAUUAACUUAAAUCCUGUUCCUCUUAAAAUAAAGAAAGUUGGCUGGACUCCAUUGGCUUCAUCUUUUCAACCAUCAAUGCCCAUCCAGUCUAAUUUGACAAGUCCUAAAAAAAGUAAAAGUAAGCCAAGCAAGGAAGUUGGUGAGAGCUCUUCGAUUGCUUCUCCCUUAUUUGAUCAACCUGGUCCUUCACACAAGACAUUAGACUCAAAAUGUAAUGUUAAAUCUUCCGAACAAACUACUUCACCUAAAAAAAGUUCUAGUAAACGUCCUGUAAAGAAAAUCAGUUCUCCGAUUAGUAAAAAACCUGCUGAUAAAAGUGAAGUAAACACAUCUAAAGCUGGUCCAUCAAAUAAAAGUCAUCAAGAAAGGUCAAUUCUAGAGUCCUCUUCAAAACCUGGGCCUUCCAAAAGCAGUGCAGAUAUAUCCCCUACAAUACCUAAGGUCAAGCCUUCCGAUAAACGCAAAACAAAGAAAUCUAUUGUGAUUAAUGAUGCAUUAUCUUGUGCUCGAGUAGGGGCUUACACAAGAUCAGAGAAAGUUGACAGAUGUUUAAUCAUGGAUUCAUCUUCUUCUAGUGAAGAUGAGGCAGUUGAAGAAACUGAGACCACUGUAAAGUGUGGUAUCGAUUAUUGGGCUGAAGUUUAUAUAGAAAAUGAGGAGCGGUGGCUUCCAGUUGAUUUGUUCUCCCUAAAAGUUGACUGUGUUCGUGAAAUCGCUAACCGUUGCACCCAGCCUAUAUCCUACAUAUUAGGAUGGAAAAAUGACGGUUCUUUAAAAGAUGUCACACGACGUUAUGCCCUUCCAUGGUUGACCAAAAAGCAUAGGAUAGAGCCAGAGUGGUGGGCUAAGACUUUGCUGCCAUUUUUGUGUAAGAAUUAUGAACUUGACGUAAUGGAAGAGGACCAACUUAAUGAAAUAAUGGAGAAAGCUCCCAUGCCCAGUAGCAUAAAUGAGCUCAAGAAUCAUCCAUUGUACGUUCUGCCUAGGCACUUACUUAAGUAUGAAGCUAUUUAUCCUCGAGAUGCUGUUCCUUUAGGCCAUGUUAGAGGAGAGCCAGUGUUUUCUAGGUUUUGUGUCCAAUCACUUUUUUCAAGAGAAAAAUGGUUUAGACAAGGGAAAUGCGUUAAAUUGGACGAAGCACCUUACAAGCUUGUUAAUUCUCGAUCCAGAAGUGGGAAGUAUAAAGAUAGUGACAGUAAAUCUUUGGAGCUGUUUGGAUCAUGGCAAGUUGUGGACUAUGUGCCUCCUCCUGUCGUUGAUGGAAAAGUGCCAGUAAAUCAGUAUGGCAAUGUUGAACUAUACAAACCUUCUAUGCUUCCAGCAGGAGCUGUUCAUAUCCAAGUGCCAGGUUUAUUGAAAAUUGCUCAGAAAUUGAGCAUUGAUUGUGCAAAUGCUGUAAUAGGCUGGCAACAUCAUAGUGGCUUAAGUCAUCCUGUGAUAGAUGGUGUAGUUGUCGCAAAAGAAUAUCAAGAUGUCUUGCUUGAUGCUUGGAAUGCUGAUGUGGAUUUCUCCGAGCACCGAUAUUCUAUGAAAAGAAAAGCAAGAGCAAAAUUGAACUGGCUGAAGAUAUGUAAAUCUUUAUUGAUAAAAGAACAUCUUAAGAAAAAAUAUAAAUUCGGAGAGGAUGAGAAAGAUGAUGGUGAACCAUUACCAAAAUUACCAAAGAAACAAAAUUAAUUUAAGUUACUUGAGCUUAAGAGAAAACUAUGUACCUGAUUAUGAUAGCUGUUUGUAUUAAUUUAUAGUUUAGUUCAUUUUUUUAUGUAAAAGUUAUUUUCUAUUCAUAUAGUUUUUAUAUAAGCAUAAUUUCAUCCAUUUAUUAUAAUUUUAAUUAUAAAAAAUGCUUGUUAGUUAUGUAUUAAUUGUGUAAAUUGUAACUAUAAUUACAUUUAGUUUGACUGAAAAGUUAACUUCUGACAAUUAGUUUUGGUUUUAGGAAGCUACAUCCUUCUAGUUUUAUUUAAAAUAAAACCUUUGAUUAUCGUAAUUUAAUAAUCUGGUUUUCGAUACUUGAAAAUUGGUUUUAUUAACUUAACUAUCCGUACUCAAGACAAAUUUCCCUAUUAACCCCAAGGUCAGGUCAGAUCCAACCUACUUCAAUGUUUAAUUACCAAAGUAUUAGGUGUAAUAGAUUAAAAAUAAUAAAAAGUAUUUUAUUGUUAUAGAGAUUUUAUUUUAAACCAUUUUGUAAACUUUUUGACAAUUUUAUAAUGUAGAAAUACAAAUUCAAAUCAAGUAUCGACAUUUUUUUUCAUCCUCAGUAAUGAUAGAAAGGGUACCUUAUGGUCUGGUUUAAAAACAUUAGUGAUGGAGUUCACAAAAGACAGCUAGUUGUAUCUCAGAACGUAUCCGGUCCACACUAUGCUGUUUGAAGAUUAUGAUAACCAAUAUGGUAAUUAUCAAUUGUGGAAUGUAAAACAAUAAUUAAAAAGAAAGUUGUAUCUUAAAAUUAAUAAUGUAUGUAUAUGUGUUUAAGAUAUAUUUGAUUUUGCUCUUUUAAUUUAUUUUUGGGAGAUCCACGUUUUUCUAUAUGUGGGCAUAAUUUACAAUAUUGAUCGGACUGCAGGAAUCAUUGAUUUUUCAAGGUAAACUGGUAGUCAGAUGUUAAUCAUACACACACACACACAUAUAUAUAAAUAAAGAAGGAAUCAUUUCAAAAAUGUAAUUUUUAAAUGCAUUAAGUAAAGUUUAGUUGUUCACUGUGA